CAUUCCCGUUGGAUUCCACAACCUUCCCUCCUUUCCACCGCAAAAGCAUUCAACGCCAGAACACAGAAGAAGAAGAUCAAUCAGAAGCACGGAACGAUGUCUUGGCAGCAGUACGUCGACGACCACUUGAUGUGCGAUAUCGACGGCAACAGCCUCACCGCCGCCGCUAUCCUCGGCCAAGACGGCAGCGUUUGGGCUCAGAGCGCUACUUUCCCCGCGUUUAAGCCUGAGGAGAUUGCUGCAAUUCUGAAAGAUUUCGACCAACCCGGAACGCUUGCCCCAACCGGAUUAUUCCUUGGCGGGACGAAGUAUAUGGUGAUCCAAGGUGAACCGGGCGCUGUCAUUCGAGGAAAGAAGGGUUCGGGUGGAAUUACCAUUAAGAAGACCAGCCAGGCCCUGUUAAUCGGUAUAUACGAUGAGCCUUUGACUCCUGGGCAGUGCAACAUAGUUGUGGAGAGGCUGGGCGAUUACCUUAUUGAGCAGGGUCUCUAAUUGCUUCGGUGAGUUGAUUCUCUCCCCAAUCGUCUGCUCUUGCUGUUUUCAUUUCUAGGUUUUUGGAGACGGGGCUUGCAUCAACCGCGAUUGGACAUUGUUUUCAUCUUUUGUUCGGCAGUAGCUAGUUUAUUUGAAGUUAUGGUGAACUUGGUUUGAAAACAAAGUUGUUGCUGCUUGGGAUGUGAUGGAUUUUAUGUAUGAAAACCGUUUGUCUUUGCGUUCUGGGAUCUCUGGAUAUGGAUUGUCGUGAAUGAUAGCGUUUUAAUUUUGCAAUUAUUAUCCCAUAAAGCUAUUUUCUUC